GACCAACUGCCGGAAAUUACAUGAAUCGCAUUGUGGUUUGUUGAUGUUUGUGUCAAACUCGCGGUCGUUGUUGUUCCGAAAAAAAACCUUCGAAACUGAAGGAAUAAAGUCGUUUCGUAACGCGUGUUUUGAAAUAACGGACACCAUAUAUUAUGCCAGAAGUGGUGUUAUAAUAGAUUUAUGGAAACCAGCUGCUCGUAAACGAUUGAAGGCCGUUUAUUUAUAUUGUCGCUGUAACUCGUAACGUCAAAUCAGCGUAACCUGGCACGCGAUGACAAUCCUCCCGAAAAAGAAACCGGCCACGACUGCCGGUGGCGGCGAUCAUACGGAAGAACCGGAAAGACGAAGCGGGUCUGAGUCACACUCGCAUUCUCAUCCUCUCGGAGUGCGAUCGGGGUCGAGAGCCAGGGCCUCUCCGCCGCCGUGGUCGUCCAGAGAAGAGCGGCGGAUCGAGUCGAGCGCUCGCCCGCAGCCGGCCUCCCCGCAGCCCGGUGCCGCUGGAGCGCCUGCUGUGCAGUGUGAGGGGAGUACAAACUCUGUUGUGGUCGGGAGUCGCGUUGAGUUACCUUGCGGCACGGGUGUUGGUGGAAGCUGCUGCUCGGGACCUGGACUCAGCAAGCGGAGACGACAGACGGUUUGCUCCAGCGGUUUGACAGGUGGAGGAGGAAGAGUAGGAGGAGGAGGGGGUGGUAGUCCAGUCUCAGACCCCGAGGAGGGAGCAGGAGGAAACAAUAGUGAGGAUGAGUAUGAGAACGCUGCCAGACUUCAGCUUGUAGAUCCAACCACAGUCGAGCAGCAAGAAGAAUGGUUCGAGAAAACCUUGAGCGAAAAGAAAGGCUUUGUAAUCAAAAAAAUGAAGGAAGAUGGAGCAUGUCUUUUCAGAGCAGUUGCUGAUCAAGUAUAUGGGGACCAAGAUAUGCAUGAUGUGGUACGGAAGAACUGUAUGGAUUAUCUGACAAAAAAUGCAGAUUACUUCUCCAGUUACGUCACUGAGGACUUCACCACAUACAUUAACAGGAAAAGAAAAAAUAAUUGCCACGGCAACCACAUUGAGAUGCAGGCAAUGGCAGAAAUGUAUAACCGACCAGUGGAAGUUUACCAGUCUGGUGUUGAGGCAAUUAAUACGUUCCAUGGCAUCCAUGAGAACAAGGAUGAGCCGAUACGUGUCAGUUACCACAGAAAUGUGCAUUAUAACUCUGUGGUAAAUCCCCACAAGGCCAGUGUUGGGGUGGGGCUGGGCCUCCCCUCUUUCAAACCAGGGUACGCUGACCAAUCUCUCAUGAAAAACGCAAUUAAGACUUCUGAAGAGUCUUGGAUUGAGCAGCAGAUGCUGGAAGACAAGAAGAGAGCAACAGAUUGGGAAGCAACCAAUGAAGCCAUAGAGGAGCAGGUAGCUCGAGAGUCUUACCUGCAGUGGCUUCAGGACCAAGAAAAGCUAACCAGACAGCCACGUAAGGCUAGUGCCACCUGCAGCUCUGCCACAGCAGCCACGUCCAGUGGCUUUGAUGAUGGGGGUUGCCGUUCUCCACGCCAACGGAGCUCCGCCCCCUCUCCUGAGCAUCCAGGCCCAGCUCACCCCGAAUUGCUUGUCAAACCCCCGUCCCCGGCAGGUGCCUCACUGCCUUUUCCUAAACCCCCAUCACCAUGUGCCCCAGGUCCAAGUCAUCAGUCUUCUGGAAACCCUUCCAUGGUGUCUCUAUACCCGACCCUGGGGUACAGGACUAUUAUGCAUGAUAUGUCACCUGCUGCCUUUGGUUUAACAGAUUGGGAAGAUGAUGACAUUCUGGCCUCAGUACUGGCUGCUUCACAACAAGAAUACCUCGACAGCUUGAAGAAGAAUGCAAUGCACAGAGAAUCUUCUCCAGACUGCAGUUGAUUGAUGAUACAACAGAUCACAGCAGAAAACAUGGAGCAGCGCUCUGUUCUAAACUGCUAUUUGUUAUUUCAGCAUCCUGCAAUGUUUCUUUAUCUCUCUUCUUUAUAAAUACCACUGUAUGCUGAUCAUUCUGGAUUUUCUUUUGUUUUUUGCCACCACAUAUUCCUUAAUAUCAUUAAACUCUAUUGACUUAGUUAGAUGCAUGUUUAAAUAAACAUUGUAAAAUCGACAUUAAAAAUAUUUUCAACUGUAUACUAUUAUCAGGUGUUUACUUUAUUUGGGAAAAUUAUACUAAUAAGCAUAUUAAGACUUGUUUUGAGUGAAAGUUGAAAACAUUUAGUUUUUUUUAUUCUUUAACAAUGACCGGUGCAGCACAGCAAGCGUCAGGUCUUUAAUUAUUUAAAAUGACAAAUAAACAUUUUGUUUACUGUUAUAUCUCUGAACACUAAAAUACUUUGAUGUGUGUAAACUGUCAAGGUAUUAAGUGAAACCAGUAUUAAACAUCUUAAUAUGCUGUUGGCAUAUUUUACAUUUUUCAAGAUGAGCUAAGAAAAUGAAAAUUAAACUUUCUAAAAUCA